UCGUCCUGCUCCGAGGAGUCCCCACUGGGAAAUUUGAGCCCAGCACCCAGCGGGAAAGAAGCGGCGCAGUGCCGGAGGUCAAAAGCCAUUCAAUGACAAGGUCGACUCAGAGGCCAGAGCUGAUGCAGGAAAAUAACAAGCUAGAGAGCUGGAAGCAGAGCAGCCAGCAACGCCAUAAGCGCCGGUGGUCACCUCAACAGGCGCAGGGCACCCAGGCACAGCCGAAAUUUGGUUCCAACCUGGAGGAAGUGGAUCCUUUUGUCCUGGACCUGAAGAAUUUCCCCGAUCUGACUAACGCAGAUCUUAAUGCUCAGAACCCAAACAUACAGGUUACGAUUGAGGUGGUGGAUGAUCCUCAGGCAGAAAUUGAGAUGGAUCUCCUGAAGGGUAACCGAAAUGACUGGGCCAUCUCUUCAGCAGAAUGGUUGUCCCACAAAGACAUCUUUUGGCCUCUGUUUUGGGAAUACCCAGACUCGACUGAAGUCGGCAGUUUGGAGUCCUCAAACGGGAUGGAUGCCGAUGAAGAGGAUGAUUAUGCUGUGGAGUAUGAGGGAGAGGACACAUUCCUCAGCACCUUGGAUGGCAUCUGGGAUAGGAACUGGCCUUUACAGAAGAGCUGGUCCUCCAAGGAGAAGUUUAACUAUGAGUAUGAAGAUAAUGAAGACUGGAGUGCCUGGUCCCCCUGCAGCGUGACGUGUGGCAGUGGCAAUCAGAAACGCACCAGGUCCUGCGGCUAUGCCUGUACCGCAACCGAGUCACGAACCUGUGACUUGAAACGAUGCCCAGAUGACCUGAAUGCAGCAACUGAAAAAACUCUGGCAGAGAAGGGAAAUGGAACAGAGCUGUUUGACUCGGAAGUGGACAGCUGUGAUAAAUGGUUGAACUGCAAGAGCGAAUUCCUCAAGAAGUACCUGAUGAAGGCCCUGACCGACUUACCGAGCUGCCCUUGCACCUAUCCCACUGAAGCUGUGUACAGCAUUGUCAGCGUCCAUGAAGAUGGCAAGGGAAGAUUCUUCCGAUGGCGAGACGCGAGCGGGCCGAAGGAGCGCCUGGACAUCUACAAGCCCACCUCCAAGUUCUGUAUCCGCUCCAUGCUGUCCUUGGACAGCACCACCCUGGCAGCCCAGCACUGUUGCUAUGAUGACCAGAUGAAGCUGAUAACGAGGGGGAAAGGAGCGGGGGCUCCCAACCUGAUCAGCACAGAGUUCUCGCCGGAGCUCCACUACAAAGUGGACGUGUUGCCAUGGAUACUGUGCAAAGGGGACUGGAGCAGGUACAAUGCUGUGCGCCCACCAAACAAUGGCCUGAACUGCUCUGAAAACCCUUUGGAAGAUGACUUUAUAGCUCAACUGAAGGAAGCAAAAGAGUACUGA